AUGUCAUUAGAAGAAGAACAAGACGGUUUAUUCGGCUUCGACUUUGAUGAAGAUGACUUCGAAACUAAAAAAGAAAGAAUCAUUCCGGAGCAAGCUGAUUAUCAAGCCAAGAUCGAAACAGAUGGGUGGUUUCAUGAAAGCGGUAAAAGCAUAGAUGAGCUCAUGCUGGAACAACAUGGUCCCAACGAAGUGAAGAAUGCCAUUGAGCAUGACUAUUUCUAUAAGCGAUAUGACAGAGCAUUGACCACAGCGUUGGGAUACAUCCGUGUAGUCAAAACAAGCGAUCAAUGUAAGGUGACAGGCACCAAGGAAAUUACUGACAUUGCCAUGCACUGUGCUGCUAAAUUGAAUCGGCUGGACACAUUAGAGGAACUCCUGGAUCUUGACAAGUCACACACACAAGAUCUUGGACUCUAUUUGGUGAGAGCCAAGUUUUAUCCACUAGUAGGACGCUAUGCUGAAGCUAUCGACACUUGUGUCAUGUACCAUAAAGAGAGAAAAUUAGACUAUCGCAUCUGGUCCAUCAUGGCAGAUGUAUUUAUCAGAUCAGCACAACAAUCACCUGCUAAUAACGCUGAGGAUGAAAUGCGAUACAAUUUAGCCAAUUUAGCAAUGCAACGAGCAGUUCAUAUUGUCAAGACAAGUCGCUGGAAGACCAACAUUGAUUUUGUAAAGAGGAGAUUAGACAGGGACCUUCAGGGUUUGGAGAAUCGGUUACAACAAACAAUAGAUCAAGGCGGAAAUGCAGAUAAAUUUGUGGAAUGGAUGUCCUCAAUAUCAGCAAUAGAUCAAGAUAAGACCAUCAAAGCUGCAGGCUUGAGUGAGUUUGAUUGGCAACAUGUGGUUUGGAUAUACAAAGAUUGGGCUCUGCGUCAAGACCUGGAUUUAGACGACGAUAUCAAAGCAGUGAAAGACAUGUAA